AUGACGGACGGAGUGACAUUUCGCCCUAUAUUUCUCGUGCCCGUGAUAUUUUCAGUCUUAAAUACUGAUUGGAUGAAAGAAAAGUCUCUGUCAAAGCACGGAGAAAUCGAUUCUGAUGUGGAGGACUUUGACGUUGAUGACGGUCCGGACUACUGUCCUAGGCACAAAGAAGAAGCAGAGGCAAAGGGUCGAGACUGCUUACGGAAGUGUAAAAAUGACGCUGACUGUAUCAGUGCAAAAAAACGUUGCCUUUGUGAUGGAAUGUGUGGAUGGAGCUGCGUUAGACCAGACUUGCAUUGCGAAGAUCUUUCUCCCCCAGAACAUGGUAUACUCAAGGUGACAGGAGAACAUUUUGGACAAAAAGCUUCCUUUAGUUGCCAAGAAGGUUAUUGGUUAGCUGGCAACACAGAAAGAGUUUGCCAAGGCGAUGCCAAGUGGAGUGGCAAACAACCGGAAUGCAAGCUCAAAGUAGGCAUUGUUUUCUUCACAGCCAUGUGCGUGUCUCCACCUCAAGUGGCCUAUGCUCGACACAGUGCCCCUCUGGACAAAGAUGACUUCCCCACAGAUUCCACCGUGCAAUACACAUGCUUCCCUGGUUAUGAUCCAAAAGGUUUUCCAAAGGCUAAGUGCCUCAACUAUAAUGGAACGGCCCAGUGGUUUGGACCUGAUCUCCGCUGCCUUCCUAGGAGUUGCGGUCCACCGGGAGAUAUAGAAAAUGGUCGCCGAGAAGGUAGCCAAUUUACUUUCACUAAUCGAGUUACUUAUUAUUGCAAUGUGGGAUUUGAGCUGAUCGGACGAUCCCAUCGCUACUGCCAAUCAAAUGGGCAAUGGAGUGGUACUCUCCCUUCAUGUAGAGCUGUCAUUUGUCCGGUGCCAGAAAACCCACCUAAUGGACGUGCCUUCUACACUUCUCUCUCUUACAACGCAGUUGUUAAAUAUGAAUGCCGAUAUGGAUACAAACUUGUUGGACAAGCAACAAGAACAUGCAACACAAGUAAACAAUGGGAGGGUACAGAAUCCACUUGUGAAGAAAUAAAAUGUAAGGAUCCGGGACCCUUCUAUAAUGGUUAUUUUGAAGGCCGAAGUUUUAAUUUAAUGACAACACUGACCUUUCAUUGCUAUGAAGGAAUGAGGAUAGUUGGUUCAAAAUCUGUGACUUGCAAGCAAGACGGAAACUGGUCAAAGCCAUUUCCUCAGUGCUUAGCACCAUGCAUUGUGCCUGAAAUGGAGCAUGGAAAUUUUACUGAUUAUGUGCCUGGUUCUAAAGUUCCCCACGGUUAUGAAAUGAAUAUCACAUGUGAACCUCGCUAUGAUGUCAUUCUCAACGCCACACCUGUAGUUUGCAGUAAUGGUACAUGGACACAUGUCCCAAGAGCGGGUGAACUAUAUACAACAGAAAAUACAGUUGCAAGACGCAGACUUCAGCCCCAUUCCUUCAGGAAAUCCCACAUUACUGACUUUGAUUGUUCCAGAAUCUUAGCAUCAACAAUUACAAGACUAAGAACAAACCACUUUAAAGGGAUGCAAAUUCUUCCAGACAAAAUAAGAACUUAUAUUCCCUGCAAGAACUGCACCGAUAUCCAACUUACCCCGGAUCAUAUUCUCCAGUGCCCAGCCCUUACCCCAUAUGUUUUACAACUGGGUAUGGUGCCACUGGCUUCAGAACUUCGUGAGAUCCUCUACAGUAAUGAUGUAGAACGUUAG